CGACCGCGCCUCUUGCUGUGGUGGUGCUCGCGACGCUCUGACAACACCGCCAGACAACCAGACGACCAGGCGACCAGACGAUCAGACCACCAGACCAGCACACGAGCAUGAACAUUCAACAGGAGACGCUGUCAUCCUCCCCACCUGAUAAGCCAAAGCUAAUUCAUGGGGGUAACUACAUAGCCGAGGGUCGGGACUCCAGCAAGUCUACGUGGCUGCUAUUCGCCCCGGGGACAAGGGACGAAGCUGGUUCUUUAGCCAGGUUUUUGAGCGUCUUCUCCAGGCAUGGAGUCAACCUCAGCCACAUCGAAUCUCGAUCUUCCGCCAGACGGCCAGGCUAUGAAUUCAUGGUGGAGUGUUUGCACGGUUCUGGAGAUUUUGGAGCCGCUCUUGAGGAACUGAAGAAAGAUACUGGCUAUUUAAAUAUUAUUUCCAGAAAUUAUAAAGACAAUAGAGCUGCGGUACCAUGGUUCCCCCGUCGUAUUCGUGAUCUGGACAGGUUCGCAAACCAGAUCCUCUCAUACGGUUCGGAGCUCGACUCCGAUCACCCAGGCUUCACGGACGCAGUGUACCGCGCCAGGAGGAAAUACUUCGCAGACAUCGCUUACAACUAUAAGUACGGACAACCCCUACCACGGGUUGAUUACACAAAAGAUGAGAUAGCCACUUGGGGAGUCGUGUUCAGGAAGCUGACAGAGCUGUACCCCACUCACGCUUGCAAAGAACAUAAUCACGUCUUCCCACUCCUCAUUGAGAACUGUGGAUACAGAGAGGACAAUAUUCCUCAACUUGAAGAUGUUUCUAAUUUCUUGAAAGACUGCACAGGCUUCACGCUCCGGCCGGUGGCCGGUCUGCUCUCCUCCCGCGACUUCCUCGCUGGGCUGGCGUUCCGUGUGUUCCACAGCACUCAGUACAUCCGCCAUCACUCCCGCCCCCUCUACACCCCGGAGCCAGACGUCUGCCACGAGCUGCUGGGCCACGCGCCGCUGUUCGCUGACCCUGCGUUCGCGCAGUUCUCGCAGGAAAUCGGCCUCGCUUCUUUGGGAGCGCCUGAUGAUUAUAUCGAGAAACUUGCCACGUGUUUCUGGUUCACGGUGGAGUAUGGUAUCUGUCGGCAAGACGGCCAGUUGAAAGCCUACGGAGCUGGCCUACUGUCUUCGUUUGGAGAACUCGAGUAUUGUUUAUCUGACAAGCCAGAAUUGAAGGAGUUCGAUCCUGAAAUAACUGGUGAUCAGAAGUAUCCCAUCACCGAGUACCAACCCAUCUACUUCGUGGCGAACAGCUUCGAAAGUGCUAAGGACAAGAUGAUCAAAUUUGCCCAAACGAUACCCCGUGACUUCAGCGUGCGCUACAACCCGUACACGCAGAGUAUUGACAUCCUCGACUCGCAGAAGCAGAUGAGGGACCUGCUCCGACAGGUGCACCAGGAAAUGAACCUGCUCCUCAACACUAUGGAAAAACUAUAGAUCUAUUCAUUGCAUAAGUUAAAGGUGCUGCUCCGAUUUAUUUGCUGAAGAGUACGUUAGGAAUUCCAUUAGGUACUUAUAAGAGCAAAUGGGUCAGAAUCAAUACAAAUUAUAGUAUUAGGUAAAAAAUGCAAAAAAACUAAAAAAAAAAAUACAUUUAUAUUAAUUUAAGCAUUUAUAUUAGAAUUAAAUAAGAUUAAGUAUACGUUAAGUGUUAUUGACUAGAGUAAGUUUUAUCUACCAAAAUAAUUAACUAGAUUGUUAUUAAAUAUUUUUGUUUUAAGAUAAGAUUUCAUGUCUUGUACGAGUAUUACAAUUCUGGUACGAUAUUGUGAGAAGUUAUGACUCUGCUAAUAUCAUACACGAAUAGUAAUCUAAAAUGUAUCAUAAAAUAUUAUAUUUUAUCUGUGAUCUAAGCCACUUUUAUAAAUCUAAUUAUAUUAUAGGCCACAUGUAUAUAACCAAUAAUUAUUAAUUGAUUAAUAAAUAAUUUAACUUUUA